UCUGAAACUCGCAUUUCCCAGACCCAUCCUAAUGCCAGCAAACUGCCAUUAAAGGAUUCUUUCACUUAUGAUGACUACAGAUGGGCAGUUUCCUCUGUCAUGACACGGCAGAACCAGAUUCCAACAGAAGAUGGUUCCAGAGUUACAUUGGCUCUAAUACCUUUAUGGGACAUGUGUAAUCAUACUAAUGGACUGAUCACUACAGGCUACAACUUAGAAGAUGACCGCUGUGAGUGUGUAGCGCUUCAAGAUUUCAAGCCUGGAGAACAGAUUUACAUUUUUUAUGGCACUCGGUCAAACGCUGAAUUUGUGAUCCACAGUGGUUUUUUCUUUGAUAAUAAUUCACAUGACAGAGUGAAAAUAAAGCUUGGCGUGAGUAAAAGUGACAGGCUGUAUGCUAUGAAGGCAGAGGUCUUAGCUCGUGCUGGUAUCCCAACUUCUAGUGUUUUUGCCUUGCAUUCCACUGAGCCUCCAAUCUCUGCCCAGCUUUUGGCUUUCCUUCGAGUGUUUUGUAUGACUGAGGAAGAGCUGAAGGAACACUUGAUAGGCGAGCAUGCCAUUGACAAAGUCUUCACUCUGGGGAACUCUGAGUUUCCCAUUAGCUGGGACAAUGAAGUCAAACUUUGGACAUUCCUAGAAGCCAGAGCAUCCCUUCUUUUGAAAACCUAUAAAACAACUGUGGAGGAUGAUAAGACCACCUUGGAGACCCAUGACCUUACUCCGCAUGCGAUAAUGGCCAUCAAGUUGCGCUUGGGUGAGAAAGAGAUCUUGGAGAAAGCAGUGAAGAGUGCGGCUGCCAGCCGAGAGUAUUAUACCAAACAAAUGGCAGAUGGAGCUCCAAUUCCGAAAUAUGAAGAGAGCAAUAUUGCCUUGCUGGAGAACACUGUGGCAGACUCUAGACUCCCUAUUGUCUUGAGAAACCUAGAAGAUGUGGAAGAGCAAGGGGACUUAAAGAUUGAUGAAGCUAUUGAUGCUGAAGUCACAGAGAAUGGGUUUGUAAAUGGUGAAAACUCUCUGUUUAAUGGGACCAAAUCCAAAAGCGAAAACCUAAAUAAAGAUAAAAGUAACAGAGAGACUGAAGAUGCCAAAGAAUCUUCUUCAGAAAGUACUGAUGAGGUUAAAGAAUAGUCUUAAAAACUUAUCCUUCUUAUGAAAUUAAAUUAGCUGAAGUUUA